AUGUUUCUCCUCUUUCUCAUAUUCAUAGCUUUACCACUAUCACUAUCUCAGUUCGACAGUUUCUCAGAAUUCCCUCCGCCACCGUGGCACCAUCGUCCACAUCAUCAUCGGCAUCAUCAUCCGUUUGGCCAUUGGCAUCAUCCCCCACCAUGGCGAGGAUUUCACUUUCCACCACCCGAAGAUUUUUUACCUCCUCCCUCAUUACCACCACCUCCACCACCUCCAGCUCCAAUUUCUCCUCCCCCUGCCCCUCCACCUCAACCCAUGCCAAGUCCUUACACACCUGAGAUGCAGAAAGUCAUUCAAAGUAUAAAUAAGAAAUCCGAGCACUUUUCUAAAUCUGGAGAGAACUAUGAGAAUGUUAUAAAAGUUCUCAAAGAUUUUUAUAAAAAGAAGACAGGACUUCAAUAUGAUUUUAGUAAUUUCAAAUUACCCACUGUGACAGGAAGGUCAGAAUUAUCAGCAAAUCAGCGAACAGCUGGAAUUUUUUAUGAGAACGAUGUUGUUUUAACAUUAUCACAAGCGAGAACGAUCACAAAGGAAACUAAUAGAAAGAAAAGAAAAAUAGUCAGCGAUCUCUCCAAACGAUGGACGCGAAGUAUUUCUUUUCGCUUUCAAGAGAAUGAUGAAGAAUGGAAAACUUCGAUUCGAUCAGCCAUUUCCGUCUUCACUUCAUCAACUUGCUUGAGUUUCAUUGAAAACGGACCUUCAAGAGAUUAUUUGAUAUUCACCAAGGGUCAAGGAUGUUAUUCUUCUGUCGGCAAACUGGGCGGAUCUCAAGAAGUAUCAAUUGGAUUUGGGUGUGAUGGAGAAGGAGUUAUUUCACACGAAAUUGCACAUUCUCUUGGCUUAUGGCAUGAACAAUCACGACCCGACAGGAAUAACUUUGUGAAGAUAUUUCCGCAGAAUAUGAUGAGUGGUGCACAAGCUCAAUUUGAGCGUUUGAACACUACAAUCACAUCAGACUACGGUGUUCCCUAUGAUUAUGGUUCCGCUAUGCAUUACCCAGUCUUUGCGUUUGUCCGUCAAAGCGGACUGACUUCGAUAGAACCAACUGAUAGAAGUUUUAGGAACACUAUAGGGAGCAGAGUAUCAUUGUCUUUCUUAGACGUUAAAGUUAUUAACGCAGCAUAUUGUUCAAAUGUUUGCCAACAAUCUCUUCCAUGUCAGAACAAUGGUUAUCCACAUCCAAAUGCUUGUACUAGAUGUUUAUGCCCGAGUGGUUUCAGCGGAAAAUUUUGUGAAAACUUGGAAUAUUCAGAGUUUGGGUCAGAGCUUGUAGCUACAAGCAGUUGGAAAACAUUACGUUAUCAAGGCAGUUUGCAGUCAUUCUGGAGAAUCAGAGUGGCACAAGGAAGUAAGAUAGUGUUCGAAUUUACAAGUGUCUAUUUCAAAUGUUCACCUAGCUGCGAGGAAUUCGUAGAGGUGGGAUUUUCAUUCUCAAGGCUUACAAUUCCCUUAAUAGUUCCCGAACAGCGAGCUCCAAAAAUACCUCCACAACAACCAAAGCCCAUUCGUCGUGAUCCUUCAAGAUGGUCAGGAUGGUCUGCUUGGUCGUCUUGUUCAGAAGCUUGCGGUGCUUGUGGGAAAGAGGAAAGAACGAGGACUUGCUUGAGCAGUUCUUGCAGAAUGAACAGUAGACAAUCACAAGCAAGAACUUGUAACUUGAACCCGUGCAGAUCAGGAACAACUCGAGGACGAGGAAAGAGGAGUACUCUUGAAGCUCGGGUGAGACAUAAAAGACAAACGUCUUGGUGCUGUGCAGGGUAUAAGAAGACGACGACCAACUGGUGUUCACAGGUAUAA